CUACCAGUCUCGGUAGACUCUCGACUUGCUUGACACCACCACGCAUCGUGAUAGUGCACCAGUCCAGCUUUCACAUUCUCAAUCUCAUCGCUGUCUUCGGCUCCGGGGCGACUCAGGAGACAUGGAGCACGAGUCAAUGAUUGUCUAGGGCCCGCAGCGUUUCCGCGAAUCGCGACGGUAUCGGCAAACAGUUGUUUCUCCUGCUUCAAUCGGGAUUUUUGGGACGUCAAAUCUGAUCGUAGCCUGGCGAGUUGCGAUCUACUUACCACUCAUGCACCUCUCAGCUGGCUCGGAAACAAGUAUGCCACAAUGCUGCACGCCCCUCACUGUCACGAUGGUAUCGGCAAACACUUGUUUCUCCUGCUUGUAUCGGGAAUUCUAGGACAACGAGUUUCCACGCCUGACGCGCCAUCCACCGUUCGCGGGACGGCUCGCAGGCUUCAUAUCAAACAUUGCACAGUGCUUCGAGCUUACCCCUGCCAAUUCGGAACGGAACUGAGACAACUGCUCGUUUCAAGCUCCUCGAAUCCAACCGACCUUUGCUUGUGCACGUACACUUCGGUACCGAGAUGUUUUUCGAUACCUUGGCUCAGCCGUCCCCUGAGGAAUGAGACUAUAAAAGCGCCAUAGGAGGGCUUGAAUCGUCAGAAGCACAGAACACCUACUCGAUUAUCCCCGACAUCUCGAAAAAACCAGCUUGAUCAUGACGCAUCCUCUCUACGAUGUGGGCAGGAUGUGCCUCUUCUUCAUCCCAUCCUUCUUCUGUCCCUUGACCUUCUUCUCCGACGCUCCCUUCGGAAGGUUCGCGAGGUCGGGCAACAGUAUCUUCAUCCUCGACGGCAUCAAAGUCUGGAUCGUCAUGGAACUCGUCGCACCCACCGCGCUCCUCUACUCCCUCAUAUACCGCCCACUCUCCGCGGGCGAGUCGUCCCUUCCCCUCUCCGGUCCCCAGCUCCUUGUUGUUGCGCUCUUCCUCAUCCACUACUUCCACCGCGCCAUCAUCUCCCCGUUACGCACACCCUCGCGCUCCAAGUCGCACGCGGGCAUCCUCCUCUCGGGAUCAUCUUUCAACUCCUUCAAUGGCACGCUACUGGGGACGUACCUCUCAUCCGACUUUGCGCACGCCUAUCUGAAGGACGCGUUCUCCCGCCCCUUGUUCUGGCUGGGCGUCGCCGUGUGGGCGCUCGGAUUCUGGUACAACAUCGUGCACGACGAGGUGCUGCUCGACCUCCGCCGUCACGCGCAGGCGAAGGGCAAGGCGAAGAAGGGCGCGCUCGACGCGGAGAACAAGGACUACUAUGCGAUCCCGCACGGGUACCUGUAUAGGUGGAUCUCGUACCCGAACUACCUGUGCGAGUGGAUCGAGUGGAUCGGCUGGGCCGCUGCGGGCGCGCCACUUCCUGACUUUUCGUCGUUCGGUUCGGUUCUGCGCACCAUUCUGCCGCCGUGGAUCAUGGUGUGGGGUGCGGUUGUGUUGAUGUUGCCGCGUGCGUACCGCGGGCAUGUGUGGUACCAUGAGAAGUUCCCCGAGUACCCGAAGGAUCGCAAGGCCGUUAUCCCUUACCUUUACUAAUAGAUCCUCGUCGUAGCAAUUUUCUCCUUUCAUUUUCUCAGUAGGAGGCAUUUCCGCUUACAAAGUUUGCUUAACCUAGAUCACGUUUGGUUUUGAUGGCGGCGUAAUAUAUUUAAUUCCCGCUCAAGUCAUUUUGCAUUUAAAUUCAUACGUUGCUGAUUGUUGGCUUUGUCCUCGUGUCAUUUGAUAUCGUUCACAGAUAUCAAGAUGUACGUAGCUAGUAGAAUCU